AUGAAAUUUCUUUCUCCCGUACUAUUUAUAUUUUUGAACUGCUCCUUUUGCGCCCUAUGUUUUAAAACGAAUAAGAGUUUAAAGUUAUCAUACAAUAUAAAUAAUUUAAAAAAGAGUAGAAAGAAUUUUAAUAAUAACAUAAAGGUAUAUUCAUCAAAUGAACAUUUAAAACAACUAAAAUAUGUAAGGGAAGUAACAAAUGCUAGUAUACAAAUAUGUAACAAUGCACUGAAGGAGUGUAAUAAUGAUAUUGAAAAAGCUGUAGAACUUGUUAGGAAAAAUGCAAAAAAUUCUUUAUUCGUAUCAACAAGUGUUAAAACGCAAAAAGAAGGACUAGUAGCUGCAGGAAUUUUAGAUAAUAAAAUAGUUUUAAUAGAAUUGUUGUCUGAUUCGGACUUUGUGUCGAGAAAUGACAAGUUCGUUAGUUUCGUCAAAAAUUUAGUGAACAUUGCGCUGGUAGGCGAAAUGUCAUCACUGAAUAAGUCAGAAGCUACCGCUAACUAUGCAGCUUCCUCUACUACUUUCACAUCGUCUACCCAUAAUAUUGAUAACCUACUGACGUUGCCUUACGUUGACCAGAACGGCCGUUCGAACGAAACAGUAGGAGAACAUUUGAAUUACUUGAGAAAUAUUUUUCGUGAGGAUAUAAAGAUAGGGAGGUUUACAAAAUAUGUAAAAAGAAACGAACAAGAGUUUCUGCAUUUCUAUAUACACAAUGUAAUCGAGGGGAAUAACACUGUUGGGUUAUCAGGAGUUUUGCUAGUUAUGAAUAUUGAAACCUUAAAUGAAAAUUUAAAAACAAAAAAGGAAGAUAUACUUAAUAUUGCGGAUGAUCUAGCUAUGCAUAUUUUAUCAGCUAAACCUGUUAGUAUAUCAGUUGAUAGAUUAAAUGAAAAAGUUGUUAAAAGAGAGCUGGACAUUAUUAAAGAAUCACUAAAGGAUUUAAAAAAACCAGAAAAUAUUAUUACCAACAUGAUAAAUGGAAAGAUACGAAAGUUUUAUAGUUCAGUGGUUCUUUUGGAACAGGAAUACAUGCUUGAUGAUACCAAAAGGAAAGUUUCACAAGUCAUUAAAGAUUUCUCAAAAAAGCACGAGAUUAAUAUAAAUGUAGAAUAUUUUGAUAAUUUCAUCAUAGGGGAACAAAAUAUUUUAAAAGAUUGA